GUUCAUGAGACGGAUGAAAAGAGCCGGUGCACAUGAGAAUAAAAAACUUAAACAGACGCUACGCUCAUACUUUUUAGUUACACUGCGCGAGUCAAGACAACUUAACAGAAGAGACCAGACGCGCACGAGAAGCAGCCUCACGUUCAUCUCACUGACAAACUCCAGGAAACAUCAUGACCACCGCUGACAGGCUGCUGGAGCAGAUGUUCUCCUGGAUCGACCAGAGGAGUCGCUGUGCGGACCAACUGGUCAAACUGGCCCAGGAGCUUGAGUCCCUCAGGCAGAAAUGCAAAGGCGGUGAAUGUGUGGGCAGCUCGGUGGCUGUGGUGGGGGCUGCGUGUGUGAUCGGUGCUGGCGUCACCUUCCUCACCGGGGGAGCAGCUGCUCCAUUUUUAGGUUUGUUGGGAGGAACAUAUUUAGGAGCAGGUGCCGUCAUCUCUGUGGCCACGAAACUCCUCGAGCACUUCCUGUCCAGCAGCACCAUGAAAGACGCAAAGGAAAUCGAAGAGAAAAGCAACAAAUUAGCAAAAGACAUUCAGCGACUGUUCGAGAAACUAAAGUCUGACAAGAAGGAGGCAAACAGUUUCGCCGACCCGGACGAUUUGGACAGACACAUCCUGACGGACAUCAUGAGAGCUGUGGCAAGACGAAGUGGAGUGAAGGUGAACAUCAACUUCAGAAUGAUCGCAGACGAGCCGAAUUGGUCUACUGGUGGAGGACUACAUAACACAAGGUUCGGUCCCGGCCUCAACCUCCCGAUUCUGGUGAGCGUGACUGGAGUUUUAGCGUUUUUCACGCUCAAGUCAAUCGGGACGAAAUCUAAGUUUCUAUUUGAUAAAGGAAGUCAGCAGCUGAUCACGAAAAUAUCUGUGACUGGAAUGAAAACAGUGCUCAAAGGAGGCGGCAUGCUGGUGGGAGGAGCUAUUGGAAUGGCGUUUGCGCUUAAUGAGGCGAUCGACAGCUGGACAGAUCUGAUCAAGAACAACAAUGUGACUGAAGCCAGCCAAUCCCUGCGAGACACAGCCGAAGCAAUCCGAAAGAUCUCGAAGGCCCUGAGGGAUCAGUUUAAAGAUAUGAAGCAGAUGCUCGAGAAGAUGGAAGAAGAACAGUGCGAGCAGGCAAAGGUUAAACGCAUUAUUGAAAACCCAAACAGAAGCUCUGAAGACGAGAGAGAAUUAUUAAGGUAUGCCAUUGAAGCAUGCCAGAUCAAAGAGGUGCAACAAUGGCUGAGGGAGAAUCAAGGGAUGGAGACUUUCAUCAAACUUGUGGAGUUGUUUCGAUUAAUGAAAAAUCAAAUCAUCAAGAAGUCAAACGAGGACGAGUCUAAUUACGAAGAUAUUGAAGUGGACAUUAUCUUUCUGGCUCACGGAAAGAUCACAGAACCCCUGAUUCCAGCUUCCUGUCUCCGGUCCUGGUCCAACAUCCAAGAUGUGCUCCUCUAUUCCCCGUGGAACUGUCUCCUCAAUGCUGAUGCAGCCUACGGCAUCGCUACAGGUCUCAUGCAGCCUUGGCACAGAAGCUUUACCUGUGCUUCAGGAAGUGGCUGUAAAAAUUGUUAUGAAGGACACCGGCCCAUGAAACCGCCACUUGGCUGGAACUCAAUGAAGGAAGCAGGACUGAUUCCCAACAUCAUGGUCAGUACUAUCACGGAUCCAAAAGAUGGUGCAUGGACGACUUUUGUCGAUCUAACAGCAGAAUAUGGUACACCACGGAGAGGCCGCAUCCUCGUCCCGUUCAUCCUUGGUGGUCAGAAGGUAACCAUCCCGUUCUACAUCGUCACCUGGGUCAUGUCUCUGGUGCUGUUUAUCUUCGGGAUCAAAGCCACCGUCCAUCUCGCCGCAUGUCUGGGUGAUCAAUCUACCUGGUGCAAGUUUCCCAGAGAGUUCCUGGAGCAUCAGUACUCCUACACUGUCGACGGGACCGUGAUGACAGCGCAGUCCAUGUGGCCCAUCACCCGACCCGACCUGCACAGGAAGCUACGGGCCAUGUUCGAUUAGACAGACAAAACUUCAACAUUAUCUGGAGCUGUAAAGUUCUGUUCCAGUGAAAGUUUUGCCCAUGCCUCAAGCUGAACUGAUUUCCCAGCUUGAUACAUCUCUGAGUGUUUCAACACGUCGGUAUCAACAAACAAUCCCAUUUUAAUCUGAUCACUUUGAGAACUUCUCAGUCGAUUCUUUUCCCCGCUCGACACAGAUGAGUCAUGAACGUUAGAAAUCAUAUUUACUGUGAUCUAACCCUGAAGUAGGGCGGCUGUGGCUGAGUGGUCGAGUGGAUCGUCCUCCAACCAGAUGGUCGGCUGAUUGGAUCAAAUGUAAUAUAAUGAUGUGGAGGAGUCGGGUGUCCGACAUGGUCGCACCUGUAAUUGGAAAUUAUAUAAUCAUACUAUACUAUGCAUUAUGAAUGCUUAUGUAACCACACUUAUCUGUGCUUAUGCAUAUCACGUGUGACAAGUUGUCUGUUGGUGACUCACUAGGUGCCGGUCUCUGGGAAUCCAGACAUCGGAGCCACUGAUCACUUUGCUGUCUCCUCCAGUCUUAUCUUCUGGGGUGUACUUCGCAUUUACACACACACACAAUUUACCUUAUACGCAAACACAUCACCUCUUUUUGUUUGAAAGAGCACAACUGACAAUGUUCCGUGGUCUUCCCCAGCUUCACGUCGGCAUGCUGUCAGAUCGCUUGAACGUCUCUGCCAAAGAAUAAACCUGCACUUGAAAGACAAUUAGGGUCUUUAUUUCAGAAACUGAUUUCCUCCACACACCUGAGCAACAGGUCCCUGGUUCAAUUCCCAACUGGACGGACCAGCGUUUCAUUUCUCUGACCUCAGUCAAAUAAACUCAACAGCCAAUGCUAGGAUCACCUCCAGCAACCAACUCUGUGUCCCUGUGACCUUUUACCACUGAGAAUCAUCAGUUCAUCCGAGUCUAAAUGGACAUUUGUACCAAUUUUGAAAGGAUUUUCUGAUCUCCUGCCAAAAAGAAAUAAUUGAAGUAAGUCCCCAAAAAAUACCUGUAUGUACACGUACACUGUAAUCUGAUUACUUUCUGGCACGCAGACCCUGACGUAUUUGUUUUCAAGCUGAACUGGUCCAAUCAGACAGUUGAUCAGACACCUGCACGAUGAAGAGGUGAGGAAGACGUGCUCGCCACAUGUUCACGUGUCACACGGACUCAAUCACCUCUGAAACUCAAAAGCAGAAUGGAAACACUGUUCUUACCCUGAAGAUUAAGAUUAAGAUCCAUUUAUUUAUCCCAAACACAUGCACAGAAAUGCACAGACACACUCAUGCAGUUUCAGGAAUUGUAGCCUCUGCUUUUGACCCAUCUGGUGCAGGACACACAGAGCAGUGAGCAGCCAUGUACAGUGCCCGGGGAGCAGACGUUGAGGGAGUAAGGUGCCUUGCUCAGGGGCACUAGACAGGGUAGGGAGAAUCCUCUUGGAUUUUUGGACAGAUCAAUCCAGGUUCGUCUUUUGUUUUCACUCCAUUGAGUUGAACCAGAGUCGAACCAGAGACCUUUUCUGCCCAUAGUCCAAGUUUCUGCCACUGGUCCACUAAACCAUCAGUAAUCACUUAUAUUGUUAUACAAUUUAAUAAUGAUCAAUUAUGAAAUCUGUUCAACCAAUGAAGAUCUGAUAAUAAACAUGAAAUUAAAACCAUG